AUGAAGAUCCAAGAAUCGUUGCAUGCGUAUUUCGAAAACACAGCUAAGCUAUACCCUGCCAUCCACCCUGCCGAUACUGUGAUGCGUAUACAUGAGGUCCUCGAUCACUUGCAAUAUCCCUCCAGCGGUCUCAAAAUUGACGUUAACCACACCACCGCACCGACCAUCGCCUUGCUCUACUUAAUUAUGGCUAUUUCCGAGAAGACCGCCCGCACUUUACUUCAAACCUUCGAACUCAUGCCUCCGAAUCUCGAAAUCCUGAGAUGCCAUACCUUGUUCACCAUCUACCUCCUGCACAUGGAUUUUCUGGAUCUUGCGUUGCAAUCCAUUGCCGUCACUGUCCGUCUAGCAAUGACCCUUCAGCUCCAUCGGCGUUCUGCGCCUGCCAACAACGGGAGCGACUGCUAUGACCGGAAUCUGUGGUGGAUGAUCUAUAUCCUAGAUCGUGAUAUUGCGUGCAUUGCUGGGGUUCCUUACCUUAUCAGAGACGAGGAAAUCGAACCUCCCCGACCAGGGCGAGUUGGGCGCCUGGGAAACUUCUCUGGUGUGUCAUAUAUGCCUCCAUCAGACGACACCGGUGGGCAGAAUGAACCGGAAGACCAAAGCUUCCAUCGAGAGACCAUGUACUUGGAAGUCAUGGCCCAUCUGGGACGCAUUUGGGCUCACAUAUGGACCGGCCUAUUUGACAAUGAUUCUGAAACUGAUUGUCAAUGGGAAAGGACGGAAGUCCUGGAUGCACAGCUCCGUGUUUUACAACAGCGACUCCCGCCAGACCUCAGCUGGAAGCCUCCAAUGGGCCUGGGGCGCAAAUUUGACAAAGAUGAUGAGAUUAUAAUGCAGAGGCAGCUGGUUGUCUUGAUGCGUAUCAACACUCUCCGCCUCUUGAUUCGAAAGACGCAAACAAUCGAGUCCAUAACGGCCUUGCAUGCAUCAUGCGAAGUACUCGUCCCAAUCGCUCACCCCAUCAGCACCACCCUCGUGCAAUGUAUCCUCUGCCUGGUGAACAUUAUAGGCGACUCCACAGACUCCGAUGGAGCAGAUUUAGCAUCUGCCUCCGUGGUGUCAGCUUAUCAGACGUUAUUGAAUCUGUCUGACCACUGCGUUUCUGCAAGGAAUGCGGUUGACACUCUCGAUGAGGCUUUCUUCCGCAACAGCGAUGGAUCCUCGGGGUUCCAGGCAUCGCGUAUCACAACUGCACCUGUGCCGCAUCGACGUACCGGUAGUCAUCCAGAGAAGCAAAAUGGUGUUCCGGCUGCGGCCAAGCAGACCACCCGUCCAUCGAAUCUCUUCGAUUGUCUGCAACAAAGCUACAAGACAUUGGAUAGCCUGUCAACAUAUGCAAUACCAAGGUGA